AUGGCUCGCUACUCAGCCCAGGGGCCUGGCAUUGGCAUGCUUAGGGCCCCAAGGCCUAUCUCGCUGACCCUGCAGCUGCAGGGCCGGCACAGAGAACCCCAGCGUUCCGCUUGCUAUGGCCUGGCUCGCCUGCCAUCUCUGCUGGCAGAGGCCUCCUGCUCACUCUGCCCCGGGCAGAAGUUGCAGCCGGAUGCUCCAUGCCCGGGCAGCACCCCUGAGCCAGCCUCUCUCUCCCCUGACAGCUGGUACCAUGGGGCAAUCAGCCGGACGGACGCUGAGACCCUGCUGAGGCUGUGUAAGGAGGCCAGCUACCUUGUGCGCAACAGUGAGACCAGCAAGAACGACUUCUCUCUGUCUCUCAAGAGCAGCCAGGGUUUCAUGCACAUGAAACUCUCCCGCACCCCAGAGAACAAAUACGUGCUGGGCCAGAACAGCCCCCUGUUCGACAGCGUGCCCAGGAUCAUCCACCACUACGCCAGUCACAAGCUGCCCAUCAAGGGGGCCGAGCACAUGUCUCUGCUCUACCCAGUGGCUAUCCGAACCCUAUAGCCCAGCAGGGAGUGCCGGGAGCCCCCGGCCUGGGCCUGGCAUGCACGCAGCUCGCCGAAGGCAGCCCCCAGCCUGGCGUACGGAGCAGAGCCAGGGACGGACUCCGGGCCGCAGGCCGAAGUACAGCCUGGCAGGCGCCGGGAGUGGCAGGACCGCUAGCGGCACGCCGGCUCCUUGCCGCCAGGAGAGCUCUCCAGGAGGGAGGCGCCCCUUCUCUGGGACCAGCCUGUGUACAUACCCCAGGGACAGGGUUGGGCCUGACUGUCGCCGUGCCCGCUGCCCCCGGCCGCUCUCCCCCCGCCUGCAGGCCUGUCCCAGCUGGCUCCCCAGGCUGGGCACAGAACAGGGGCCUGGGCUUUGGUGGAGUCCCAGGGACCAAGGGGGAUAAUUUAUUGCUAAGCCGGGUACGUGGCCCUUUUCCAGAGGGGCUGGCUCCUGGCAGUGCUGGCCGGCCCACAGGUGGCGUGAAGGAGCUGUGGGGUAGAUGCCAGUUGCAGAUGCCUUGGGCUGCCCCCCAGUAUCACCGAGAAUUGACUGGAGGAGAAAGCCAGGCAGGGGGAGCUGGGCCGGUCCGUGGAGGAGGACUGCUGCUGCUGGAGGAGGACGACUCCGUGGGAUGGGCCACCGGGCCGGCUGGCGUAGCUCACUGCAGAGCUGGGACCGUGGGCAGGGGACCCUUCACUGCGCUCCUUGGCCAAUGUACACACCGAGUGUGCCGCACCAGCACCAAUAAAGCCGCGCGAAGCUGCCACCCUCCCAGUGAGAUAUGGGGCAGCGCUGGCCCUGCCCCCGCCCCACCCACGGGCCUCUACAGCUCAUGGGGCUCAAAGGCGGGGGCGUCCGCCCCUAGGUCACAGCCUCUUCCUCCAGCCCCAAUCCAGCUCCCUCGGCUGGGUGGGAGGCUCCAACGCCUUCCCUUCGGAGGGGGGCAGGCCUGGGUCACAGGGUCAGAACUCCAGGCUCCCAGCCCAGUGCUCAGGCCCAUCGCCCUCGUGCACUCCAGGCCUGGCAGCAUCGAGGGCCGUCCCCCCAGCACGGGGACGGCAAGGAGCUGAAGGACACGGGCCGGGAGACCCAGCCUGGACGCCAGCCCGCCGUGCUGCAGGGCGCAGGCCUGACCCUGCUGUCUUGGGAGAUGAGCCAGGCACCGCUCCCUCGCAGGAACAGAAGCUGCUGGGGCGUCUGAGAGCGGAGGAGCCCAUCCCCAAGCCAGUGUGGGUGA